GAGGAGGAGGUCAGGAUGCGCGUGAAGCCCCCGGGCCCAGUGGUAACGACCAGCGUUGUGCGUGGCUCGCCCGACUACGUCCGAGAGCCCAAAUUCUACCCGCCGGGACACCCGGUGCAGCGGCCCCCAGCCUGCCCGGCCGAGAAGGCGUUAUCCUGCAGCGUGCUCAGCUUCCCUGAGGGCUCCUGCCCCGCGCUCGGCCGGGAGCACCAGGCAGGCUCGCUGCUGCACGGCGACCCGGCCGACCGCUGCCAGAGCGUCCACGGGGGCACCAAGGCGGCCGAGGACCUGCUGGGCUGCGCUGGGGAGCCCCGUAUCCUGGGGGGCAGCGCGGAGGAGGCAUCCACCCGCGAUCGGGCGCCCAAAACCUUCCCCAACGCGACACUGGCCUCGGGCCGCUGCAACGUAGACAGCAUCCUCGCCUUGCUGCGGAGCAAGUGCGGCAACGGGCACAUCAACCUCCACCCUGUGGUGCAGCUCAUCGACAUCAUGAAGGACCUCAACCGCCUCUCCGAGGACCUCAAGAACAGCGGGGUGCACCUGGACUGUGGCAGCCUCCGCGGUGGCGGCGGGGCUCACGAGGACAGCCGCCUCCUGCCCGCUGACCGUGACCUCCAGUACAGCUUCUUCUCCUCUCCCUCCCUGGCCAACAGCAUCCGCAGCCCCGAGGAGCGGGGGGUGCUCCUCAAAUCCGACCCGUCGCGGCAUCCCCGGCCCCCGGCACGCGAUGGAGAGGCUGAAGGAGGCGGGGGGAGCACCCCGCAGCCCCCAGGACACAGCGUGGGUGUGGGGGAUGUCUCCAGAGCUCCGGUGGAUGAAGCUGGCUGCUCCCAGCCCAAUGCCAGCGAUUACUCGGAGCUGGCCGAGGCGGACAUCCUGAACGAGCUGGCCUCCCUGGCGUGCCCGGGGACGCAGCUGCUGGAGUCGCAGGCGAUGGAGCCGCAGCCCCAGUUGCUGCCAGCCCAAGAGCUGGACUCCCAGUCCCGGCUGUUGGAUUCCCAGUCCCUGGAGUCACAGCCCCAGCUGCUUGAUUCGCAGAGCCUGGAGCCGCUGCCGGAGUCGCUGGAGCUGCAAAACCUGGAGCCGUUGGGGCUGCAGUCGCUGGAGCCGCUCUCUGAGUCUCUGGAGCUGCAGUCGCUGGAGCCUCUGUCCGAGUCGCUGGAGCUGCAGUCGCUGGAGCCGCUGGCGGAGCCUCUGGGGCUGCAGACCCUGGAGCCGCUGCCCGGAGCACUGGAGCCCCCGCUGCUGCCCUCCGAGCCCUCGCUGCUGGAGCCGCAGCCGCUGGGAACCGUCUCGGAGCUACUGGAGGCACAGCCGGGCGCUGGGGACCCUCUGCGGCCCCACGGGCUGCAGCCGCGGCUCGGGGGGUGUCCCCUGAGCACGAUGGUGAAGCGGGGUCCCUGUGGGGGCCGGGGGGCCGGGCGGUGUGGCGAAGACCAUCGCAAGUACGCCCUGCGCCGGACAGAUAAGCCAAAGAUGCUGUGCCGCAGGAGGAGGGCGGGGCGGGGGCGCCGGGUGGACAUCACCCCUGAGAGCCGCGUCCUGUCCCCCCUCGCCCUGCCCGCCGAGAUGCCCCCCGGGCCCGAGGAGCCCGACACCCCAGUGCUGAGCCCCCCACCGCCCCCCGCUCCCCUGGACCCCGACGAGAUGCCCAAAGCCCCCACGGCUGGGAAGAAGAGCAAGUGCCGUGGGGUGAGGAAGAUGGUGGUGAAGAUGGCCAAGAUCCCCGUGUCCCUGGGGAGGAGGAACAAGACCACCUAUAAGGUGUCAUCGCUCAGCAGCAACUUGAACCUGGAGGGGAAGGAGCUGGCAGCCAGCAGCUCCAUGGAGCCCACGCCGCUGCUCAAGAUGAAGAACAAUGGGCGCAACGUGGUCGUGGUGUUCCCCCCCGGCGAGAUGCCCAUUAUCCUGAAGCGCAAGCGGGGCCGGCCUCCCAAAAACCUGCUGCUGGGCCAAGCCAAGCCCAAGGAGCCCACCCCGGAAGUGAAGAAGAGGAGGAGGAGGAAGCAGAAGCUUGCCUCGCCCCAGCCCUCCUACAUCGCCGACACCAAUGACAGCAAAGCCGACUACUCGGACGUGUUGGCUAAGCUGGCCUUCCUCAACCGGCAGAGCCAGUGCUCGGGGCGCUGCUCGCCGCCCCGCUGCUGGACCCCCAGCGAGCCCGAGUCCAUCCACCAAGCCCCCGACACCCAGAGCAUCUCCCACUUUCUGCACCGCGUCCAAGGCUUCCGCCGGCGCGGCGGCAAGGCGGGCGGCUUCGGUGGGCGCGGAGGGGGCCACGCCGCCCGCGCCGCACGCUGCUCCUUCAGCGAUUUCUUCGAGGGCAUCGGGAAGAAGAAGAAAGCGCCCAGCGCCCUCCACGCUGACCCCGUGCACCCCCGCAAGCGCGGCCGGCUGGAGCCCGACCCCGUGGGCAAACCCAAGCGCAAGCGACGGGCGCGCAAGAACGGGGCGCUCUUCCCCGAACCCAGCUCCGGGCAGAGUUUCGGGGACGGCCCCGCCGCUGAGUGGGGCGGGGGGGAGAAGGGCAGCCCCUGGGCCCCCCACCACGGCCACCCCGGCAGCCAGGCUGGACGCAGCGGUGGCUACCAAGGGGCCGAGGCGAGGCCCUUCCACGCCGCGGGGCUGGAGUCCGGCUCCUCCGGCCGCGCCGGGUUCUACGCCAGCAGCGCGCCGUCCUCGCAGACGGACGCCGGUCCGGAGCGGCACAGCCUCUUCACCGGCUAUUUCCGCUCCUUGCUGGACUCGGAUGACUCCUCCGACCUGCUGGACUUCGCCCUCUCCGCGUCCCGCUCCGAGUCCCGUAAAUCGGCGGCUGCCUACACGGCCCCGCCGGCCGCGCUGCCCGGCCAGCGGGGCAUGGCUGCCUACACGGCCCGCGGGGGCAAAGUGCCGGCGGCCAGCCCGGCCGCCGAAGCCGCCUUCCAUGCGGCCAUGCAGGGUCGGCCGGCAUUCCCGCCCGGCCGUGCCUCCAGCGGCUACGGGGUGACCCAAGGCUCGUCGGAGUGCCGGGCCACCGAGUCCUUCCCCAAACUGGCCCCGCCAUCGGCCGUGUCCCGCUCACCCACGGCUCACCCCGCGGCCAGUGGCACCCCUGGCUACUCACCGUACGGCAGCUACGGCAGCGCCGGGCAGAGCGUGGCACCCACCAGCGUGUUCCCACCAGGAAAGCAGUACCCAUCAGCACAGGACUGCCCCAACAGCAAGGACUGCAGCUUCGCCUACGGCAGUGGCAGCAGCCUCCCGUCCUCGCCCAGCAGUGCCCACAGUGCCGGCUACGCGCCACCAACAGCUGGUCCCAGUUUGCCACUGGGAAAAGCCGCCUUCUUCAACAGUGCCGAGCAGGGGGGGCAGUUCUCCAGCGCCGCGCACACCCCCCUGCGCUGCGACAGCCGGGCCAGCACCGUCUCGCCCGGCGGCUACAUGGUGCCCAAGGGGUCAGCAUCCUUCCAGCCCUCACCUGAGAAUUGCCGGCAGUUCCCCAGCGCCGCGCCGUGGGCCUUCCGGCAGGGCUACGGCGGGUUGGAUUGGAGCUCGGAAGCCUUCAGCCAGCUCUACAACCCGGGCUUUGAGUGCCACCUCAACGAACCCAAUGUCAUCCUGGACAUCUCCAACUACACCCCGCAGAAAGCCAAGCAGCAGACGGUCUCCGAGACCUUCUCCGAGUCCUCCUCCGACAGCACCCAGUUCAACCAGCCGGCUGGUUACCGGCGCGCCAACAGCGAGGCGUCCUCCAGUGAGGGCCAGUCCAGCCUCUCCAGCCUGGAGAAGCUGAUGAUGGACUGGAAUGAGGCAUCCUCUGCCCCUGGCUACAACUGGAACCAGAGCGUCCUCUUCCAGAGUAACUCUAAGCCCGGUCGAGGCCGACGGAAGAAGGUGGAUAUGUUCGACACCUCCCACCUGAGUUUCUCCUCCUCUUCCUCUUCUUCCUCCGUGUACCCCUCCAAGAGGAACACGGGACCCCGGCAGCCCCGGGGUUCCCGAGGGGCUUGCGCCUCUAAGAAGGAGAGGGGGACGGGCAAAGCCAAGUUCCCCACCAAGUCACAGGCGGUGAACCCCCUCUUCCAGGAGAACACGGACCUGGGCUUGGACUACUACAGCGGGGACAGCAGCAUGUCCCCCCUGCCCUCCCAGUCCCGGGCCUUCGGGGUGGGGGAGCGGGACCCCUGUGACUACACCGGCCCCUACUCCAUGAACCCCUCCACCCCCUCGGAUGGGACCUUUGUCCAGGGGUUCCAGAGCGACUCCCCCGGUUUGGGGCAGCCAGAUUUGGAGAGCAAGCACUUCCCUGCCCUCCCACACCAGCUGGCAGCCCCCGGCCAGCAGACUGUGUUCGAGGCCGGUUUGCAGAAAGCCUUCUCGCCCAACUGCUCCCCAACCUUGGCCUUCAAGGAAGACCUCCGGGCAGGCAGCAUCCGAAAGCUGCCGGCCUGCGACUCGCUCAAACACAGCAUGCAGGGGGGGGCCCUGCCGCACGCCCCACACCUGGCUUGCCGCGACCUCCCCAUGCCUCAACCGCACUACGACUCCCCCAGUUGCAAAAAUCCCCCAUACUGGUAUUCCCCCAACGCCAGCACCCGCAGCCCUUCGUACGACGGCAAGGCGGGGGCCGGGAUGCUGGUAGACUUCAUGGGCAGGACGGACCCCCCGUGUCUGAACCCCCACUUGAGCAGCCCGAGCGGCACCCACCCCUCCAAGGGUGAGAAGGAGCCCUUGGAGAUGUCCCGGGCUCACCACCGAGGACCCUACGCUUGUCCCUUGAUCAGUGACUUGAACAUCUCCCCCGUACCGAGAGACUCAAUGUUGCAGCUGCAGGACAACUACAGGUACCCCAGUUUUGCACCCCAAGGGCACCCCGUCAUGGCCCCCACCCAGAAGAGUGGGUUUUUGGGACCCAUGGUAGAGCAACAACACCCCGAGGACACUUUUACGGUCACCUCAUUGUAGUGUCUGCUGACGUGCCAACAGGACAACGAGGUUUUGUUACAGGGUAGGUAGGGGAGAGCCUGGGGGUGAGGGUGGCACAUGGGGACACAGGGGACCCUCAGGGCCCUUCUCAUCAUGACCCCUCUCUCCCCUCUCUCUCUGUGUUGUGUUUCUCUUUCAGAGGUAAUUUAGCCAGCACUUUUUUCUGGAACACUUUUCAAGUUCUGUAUUUAACUGGGAUUGGAACCGUUUGUUUGUUUUCUAAAAAAAAAAAAAAAAAAAAAAAAAAAAAAAAAAAAAAAAAAAAAAAAAGUAAGAAAAAGGAGAAAAAAAGGAAAAAAGAGGAAAAAAAAAGAUAAAGAAUAAGUGAAACAAAAGGAAAAAAUUAAUAAUAAUGGAUGAAGAGAGAAACCCCCCGUUUUUCCCCCUCCGCACUCAAACCCACUCCACCUGCCAACCUCCAGCUCUGCUUCCCGGACUGCCGCCCCCCCCGCCCCGCAGCAGGACAAUCGGACGGACGGACGGACGGACGGACAGGCAGCGCAGGCCCAGGCCCGGCGCAGGGGCGCGGGCAGGGAGGGCAGGGAGGGCAGGAAGGGGUCUGGGGGUCAGCGCUGGGUGCCCCCUGCCCACGGCCCGGCCAGGGACCCCUCGGCUGUUUGGGGAUUCUUUGUUUUCCUUUCCCUCCCGGUGCUGCUGUGCCCGCUGGACACCACUGGGCGCUGGUGAAGCGCUGACCCCCCCCAGGCUCGGGCAGCGUCACCAGCGGGGC